AGUCCGAGGGAGGGAGCUACGCCGGCAGCACGCAGCAGCAGCGCGCACAGGCUGUCGUCGCAGCUCGCACGUGGGCACGAUGCGGCCGUCGCCUCGCGCGCCCCGCAGCUGAGCCGGCCUCACGCCACCUCGAGCAACACACGCCCCCGCCUCCCCCCUGUCCCCCUCGACGACACCCGCCGAUCAUGCCGCACGCUCCGUCGACGCCGCAAUCGUCCUGGGUUCGCGCCUCCGCCACGCCGCUUCUGCAGCCCGACGCAGCGUCCGUCAGGAAAUGACACGCCCCCGGCUCGCCACCUCACGUCUGCGGCGGUCCUAGCUGCCUGCUGCGCCUAGAGCAUGGACAUCCAAGCCAUGCAGUCCAUGGACUGGCUCUUCAAGAAGGAGCGCAUCUACCUACUCGCACAGUUCUGGCAACAGCGGGCCACGCUCGCAGAGAAGGAGGUUAGCGCGUUGAAGGAGCAGCUCGCCACGGCCAACCAGAACCUGCAGCUGGUGGAAGGGAAGGGCAAGCCGUCGUCCGAUAUGGAGCAAACCAUGGACCUGAUAGCGAGGUCCUCGCUCGAGGUGGAGCUGGCGGCCAAGGAGAAAGAGGUCUCGCAGCUGGUGGAGGACGUGCAGCGACUGCAGGCCAGCAUCGCCAAGCUGCAGGAGAGCUCGGCCGCGCAGAUCGCGCGCCUCGAGGAGCAGCUGGACCUCCGGCGACAGCACGUGGCCCGCCUCGAGGCGCGCCUCGACGCGCAGCGCGACUACGACGACCUCAAGCGCCAGCUCAGCAUACUGCGGUCCAUCGAUUGCCCAGCAGGAAUGGCAAAUCCUGGAGACAUUUCCAGCAAGUCGCUGGAACUGUUGCUUCUGGAAAGGUCGAAGGCUCUCCAACAGCCUGACAAUUCUUCCCUUAAGCCAACUUCCAGCUGCACUGGUAACCAAGGUAUUACCAACACAUCUACCACCACGAACUCCACAACGUCACAUCACUCGGUGGAUUCCUUUCCACAUUCUAUGAGUCACCCUCUUGACCACUCUGUCGUUCCACCCCCUCCCCCUCCGCCCCCUUCUGCCCCUCCAUGUCCCGUGCUGUUCCCGCCCCCACUUCAAAAUGUUGAGACUUUUGGCUCGUUCCUCGGCGAAGAAAUAGUCGCAAACUGGCGCCGUUCUCUCGAACGCACGAUUCUGAGCCAAAGCCAUGCGGCAGCCAUUUCUUCCUCUGUUCACCACCACCUUCAGCAACCGCACCAACCAAUCAUGAGUCUUCACUCCCCCACAGAUCCUCCGCAGACUGCGCCGUCGACUCCGAACCCGCCGACACCCCUGCAGCCGCCGCCCGAAACAGAAAGCAUGAAACUCGUCGAACCGUCGGGGUCGCCCAAUCCCCUGUCGUCCGUGUCGACGGGCUCUCUGGGCUUCGCCACGACGACUUCCCCGCCAUGUGUUCCUUUAGUGAACACUUGCACCACCUCGGCCAUAUCUUCUCCGCUGGCUGCCGUCUCGUAUGCCACCUCCCACGCGGCGAUCAUGUCUGGACCCGAGGGCAGCGCCUCGCUGCACAACCACCACCUGGUCAAUGGCAACCCAAAGACUCCGCCAGAAGUGACGUCGUCGGCGAGUGCGCUGUGCAGUAACAAUAUCAGUUCGCCUCAUUCGCUGGCCAGUGGUUUGUCCGCAAACAGUUUGAGUGUCAGUUCGAACGUAAACAAUUCCGCGGCGCCCCCUCCGACCAGCACGCCCGUCAGCGCAGGUCUCAGUUACUUCCGCAGUGACGACACGAUGAAAAGCCCGUUCAGGUUCGACGAUCCCAGGAGCCCAUUUCGUUUCACCGAGGACGGCGGACCCAUGAACCCGAGCGGUGUCAUGGUGGGACGAUUAGGGGAGUCGUUAAUUCCCAAAGGUGAUCCCAUGGAAGCAAGGUUGCAAGAAAUGCUGCGGUACAACAUGGACAAAUAUUCCACUCAGAACCUAGAUACACUGAAUAUAUCACGACGUGUGCGCGAACUUUUGUCAAUUAAUAAUAUUGGACAGCGUUUGUUUGCAAAAUACGUGCUCGGGCUCUCCCAAGGAACAGUGUCGGAACUUCUCUCUAAGCCCAAGCCGUGGGACAAACUAACUGAGAAGGGACGGGAUAGCUACCGCAAGAUGCACGCUUGGGCCUGCGACGAGAAUGCAGUCCUGCUUCUGAAAUCACUCAUCCCAAAGAAAGGUAAAGACACGGGUAUUCCGGCAUUUGCUAGAGGCGAUGCUGAAAACAUGACUGAAGAACGCAUUGCACACAUUCUGAGCGAAGCUAGCCAGAUGAUGAAAACUCAAGUCGAGGACAGCCGCAGCAACGACAGCAAAUCACCUAACCAUGCGCAGGAUGGAUCUCAGAACCGCCGCCUGAAGAAGUAUGAAAACGAUGACAUUCCGCAAGAAAAAGUGGUCCGAAUAUAUCACGAGGAACUUGCCAAACUGAUGGGAAGGAGAAUGGAAGACACAAUGCGCGGGCCACGUGAACACUUUCCUAGUCUGUUGUUUCCGCACCUGUUCAGCGGCGGGGGCGGGGCGCAGAUGGACCGCACGCAAGAGGAGAUCCGCAUGGCGCUGGACUCCUACCACCGGGAGCUGGCGAAGCUGAACACGGUGGCCGGCGUGGGCGGCCCAGGCAUGGGUGCAGUUCCCGUCCUGCCGAGCCUGCUGGCCCUGCAACACCUGCCCCACGCUCAGCUCAACGGGGUCGCCCAGGACCUGUCGCUGCCCAAGGAGAGGCGGGACCUGGGCGCCAAGGUCACCAACGGCGGCUGCCACGACGUGGAGCUCGACUGCAAGAAAGAUGCCGUUGCUGGGAUGGAGUCGGUGGCGGAAGUCCUUCGUCACGCAGGGAGUGCCUUUUCACUCGUGAGGCCGAAAGCCGAACCAGGAAUUGGGCAUCAACAACAAACGUCUACAGGGAGCAGUGCCAGCAGCCCUCUUAGCAAUUCUAUUCUUCCUCCAGCGAUAGCUCCUGGUGAAGAGUUCGUAGGCUCAGCAGCAGCAAGUCCGCUACAAAGAAUGGCUUCCAUCACAAAUUCCCUUAUUUCACAACCCAGCACGCCAACCCACCAUAGUCCUUCCCAAAGGCCCUUGAAAGCAGUUCUUCCACCAAUCACACAACAGCAAUUCGACAUGUUCAACAAUCUGAACACAGAAGAUAUUGUAAAAAAGGUGAAAGAAUCGCUAAGUCAGUAUUCAAUCAGUCAACGCCUGUUUGGUGAAUCCGUGCUGGGACUGUCGCAAGGGAGCGUGUCGGACCUCCUGGCGAGGCCGAAACCCUGGCACAUGCUCACACAGAAGGGGAGGGAGCCGUUCAUCCGCAUGAAAAUGUUCCUGGAAGAUGACAAUGCUGUUCACAAACUGGUCGCCAGCCAGUACAAGAUUGCACCAGAGAAGUUGAUGAGGACUGGAAGCUAUGCAGGAGGACCACCUUGUCCACCUCUCAGCAAACCACCAUCAUCCUCUAAACACCAUCCUCCCGAUAGCGCUUCAAACAAAAACAUCAGUGGUGAGAGCCAAGGACCCAUUCUGCCACCAUCAUUACAAAUGAUGCCUUCCCAGCCGCAGCCUCCCCAACCUCCUCUCCCACCGCUGCUGGUCACUCCGCCAAGCCACCACUCCCUUGCUGCACUAGCCUCCGCCGGCCCGGGAUCCGAUGCCAAGAAGCUCUCCUCUAACACUCCACACUACGCUCUGCACGGGCAUGCACACCCACACUCGCACCCACACCAUCACCAUCACCACCAUCACCACCAUCACCCACACCAGCAACAGCAACAACAACAGCAGCAGCAGCAGCAACAACAGCAGCAACAGCAGCACCAGCAACAGCAGCAGCAUCAGCAACAGUCCACAGCCAUGAUGAGGGCCUUUCAGCAGCACAUGAGUCCGAGCGUGUACGAGAUGGCGGCGUUAACCCAAGACCUUGACACCCAGAGCAUAACCACCAAGAUUAAAGAAGCGCUUCUUGCCAAUAAUAUUGGUCAAAAGAUUUUUGGUGAGGCUGUACUUGGGUUAUCUCAAGGCUCAGUAAGUGAAUUGCUAUCGAAACCCAAACCAUGGCACAUGCUUAGUAUUAAAGGAAGAGAACCUUUCAUACGGAUGCAGUUAUGGCUGAGCGACACGCACAACAUAGACAGGCUUCAGGCUCUGAAGAACGAGCGCAGAGAAGCGAACAAGCGACGCCGUAGCAGUGGGCACGGCCACCAUGGCAGCGGGGGAGGGGCAGCAGACAACAGCAGCGACACGUCUUCCAACGACACAUCCGAGUUCUACCACAGUCCUAGUCCUGGUCCUGGACCACCUUCAGCCAAAAAACAACGAGUUCUUUUCUCAGAAGAACAAAAAGAAGCUCUCAGGCUUGCGUUUGCCCUGGAUUCAUAUCCUAGUGUUCAGACUAUAGAGUUUCUAGGAAACGAGUUGGCGCUGUCCUCUCGAACCAUAACAAACUGGUUUCAUAAUCAUCGCAUGCGACUCAAGCAGCAGGUUUCGCAUGGACUGUUGUCGGAUAACGGAGGAAUCCCGGUUAUUAAUCGUGACAACUCUGGUUCCCAAGGAUCAUUCGAUCCUGUGCAGUUUCGACUCUUGCUCAAUCAAAGGUUAUUGGAACUUCAAAAAGAAAGAAUGGGCUUGGGUUCAGUACCACUUCCAUAUCAACCUUACUUCACAGCCAAUAAUAACUUAGCUGCCCUAAUAGGCCGUGGACUUUUACCAUCAUCUGAUUGUGACUUGACCAGCACGAUGAACAAUGUGGUUAGUGCGAGUAAAGAACAGUACAGUGGACUAGAUUUAAGUAUGGGUAGUAUUAAACGGGAAACUGAUUUUGAAGAUGAUGAAGAUGUGGAAAGCAAUAUUGGGAGUGAAGAUUCCAAUCUAUCCUCAACAAGUUUGCGAGAAGCAUCAGUUAAAAAAGAAUCUUCAACAAUUUUAACACCCUCAGUGGGUGGGGUGGGUGGUGGUGGGAGAUCUUCAAGAAGGAAGCCAGUUGCCCCUCAGUGGGUAAACCCUGAAUGGCAAGAGGUUUCCACUAAAGAAGAUGGGAAAGACAAAGGAGGAGAAAAGGAAGUAAUCAUCAAUGGUGUGUGUGUAAUGCAGACUACGGAUGACUAUGGCAUGAAAAUAGAAAAAGACGAAGAAACGGUUCAUGUUGAACCAACUGCAGUUUUAGACAGAUAUGAGGAUGAUGAUGAUCAAUGUAGUGAGGCUCUUUCAGAUGUAGAAAAUAGGAAUAUGACUGUGGAUUGUAGAGAAAGAAUACAAAUGAGUCAAACAUCUGAAGAUGCAGAAGGUGAUGAUGAAAGGAGAAGUGGAAAGUUUGAACCAUCAUCACCUUUAGAUGAAAGAACUGAAGUUGAAGAAGACAAUGAAAUUGAGUCAGAAGUGGACAGGUGUUUAGAAGAUCACACUAAACAAAUUAAAGAUGAAGAAGGAAGAAACACAUUGAAUGAAGAAAGAAGAGAAGUUGCUGAGUGGGAUAUAUCUGUUGGAAACAGAGACAAAAAAUCAGGCGUUACUUUAGAUAACUUACCAAAGCAAAUCAAAUCUGAAGAACAGGAUGAGAGGUGGGAAUAUUAAAAAAUAUUCCUACUAUUUGACAUUCUAAGUAUUUAAAUCACUUAUGGCUGUUUUUUAUGAUUCUCAUAAAUUAUAGACGAUUUUUUGUGUUUUGAAAGGGAACAAAACUAAAUUUCAUGUCCCUAUUAAUAUUUAAAAAGUGCAAUCAUUGAAGAUAACAGGUGUGAAUAUGUACUUUGUGAAACACUUAUAUUUUUUUUAUUAAAGCUAAUGUGAGAUUAGUACACAUAAGCACAGGAAUGAAGAAAGAUGUAUAGAAAGAGAAACGCAUUUAAUUUCAAUAUUUUUGUUUCAAUUUCAGCAUUACAGAUUACUAUUGUUUUCAUAUUUAAGCAAAUACUGAUUUUAUAAGAAGACUGUUAUAAUGUAUUAAGUUGGUAUUUUUGUUAUCAGCAGUAGCCAAAAAUUAAAGAUAAAUAUACUGUUGCCAAGUAAAUAUUGAAUGUGAUAAAGAGCUUAAAUAUUAACAGAUGGUAACAUUAAAAUUAUUUCUUAUCUAAAAAGAAAUCUUGUGAAUAGAUUGACUAUCCACAAAGCAUGCUCAAGGGAAAAAAAUGCAGAAUAAGGCUGCCUUUAUUACUUAAGUAUGCUGAAAUUCUAUGAAUAAGUUACGGAACAAAAUAUAUCUGAAUUUAUCCGUUAUGAGAUUUUAAAUAAAUAUUCAUUUCUGUUAUGUGUGUGUUUGUGUGUAUUCAUGACAUUUUCCAUUUGUGCAUUUGUUUGUGUGUGUAUGAAUGAAGUUUCAUGUGUUUCGAGGAUGAAUAUCAUAACAUUAAUUGUCAAGUAAAUAAUAAUUUUUAUACAACUGGUUUAUGAGCGAAAAAAAGGAAAAUAAUGUAGACAGUAUUUUACUGUUAAAUAUUUUAUAGCAUUUUUCUUCAAAAUGAUUUCUGCUUCAAAUGGAACACAAACAGACUAAGCCACAUAAUUUUUUUUUUAAAUUUUUCAUGUCCUAAGGAUAUUAAUGAUUAAUUUAAUGAAUAAUCAGAAAUGUUUUUGUCAUUCUCAUUUCAGUAGUAGCAUGUUUAUUGAUGUAGUUAAAAUUAAAUAUACAGAAUAACUCCUUUUCUCACAUUCCCCAUUUUAUACCUACCUGCAUUUUACAACACUGCUCUGUGGUCUAAUGUAAAGAUAAUACAGUUGUUUUUCCACCUUUUACUACUUUCUGCAUUUUUUCUUAGUCCCUUGAAAAGUGAAUGAAAGGGGGUUUCACUGUAUAUGAAUUAUUUGUUGAUUAGUUUUUUUUUGUUUUAGAAAAAUGAUGAAAUAAAAUUGUAGUACAAGUAAAAAGAAUAUAGUAUAAUUUUUUACUUUAAAUUUUUACUCUGAUAGUCUUUAAAGGGGAAAAAUCUAGUCUUUAAGACCAGUAUAUCAUCAAUUAGAAUUUUUUUUAAUUAGUUUUCUUUAUCCUCAGAAAGUAAUAGCAUAAAAGAAGUAAAAUGUUUACCACUCAUGCUUAUUCUUUGCGAUAUUUCUUAGUUGCAUGUAUACAUUUUUCUGUACUUUCUGUAUCAUUUUAUGAAGCUAUAAAAUGAGUAAAAUUUGUGAUCUCAGAAAUGUAUGUUGUUGUCGCAGUAUUACAAACAAAACUAGUAUCACAAGUGUUUCAAAAGUGCAUAUUCUGGUUUGUUUUAUAUUCACAUAUCAUACAAAAUUGUGUUUUAAAAUUCUAUAAAGUUUAAUAAAUAAUGAAAACAAAACAAUGCAUACAUGCAUACAGUAUUUUAAAACUUAAAAAAGUUAGUAAUGUUAAGGUCAUAUUGUUACCUGUGUCCGUUUGGGCAGGAAUUCUUCAUACAGAAAUGUGUAUUUGGCUGAAAAUAUAAGCA